CACAUGGAACACAGGAACAAUGUGACCGAAUUUGUCCUCUUGGGGCUCACUCAGAGCCUCCAGGGUCAGAGAAUAUUAUUCGUGGUGUUCUUGGUCAUCUACAUGGUGACGAUGGCAGGCAACCUACUCAUUGUUGUGACUGUGGUGGUCAGCCCGGCCUUGGAUGCUCCUAUGUACUUCUUUCUUGGCUACUUAUCAUUUAUGGAUGCUGUUUAUUCUACUACGGUUACCCCGAAUAUGAUUAUAGACUUACUCUAUGAGAAGAAAACCAUUUCCUUCCAAGCUUGUAUGACCCAGCUUUUUAUAGGACACUUAUUUGGUGGUGCUGAGAUUUUACUCCUGGUGGUCAUGGCCUAUGACCGUUACGUGGCCAUCUGCAAACCUCUGCAUUAUCUGACCAUCAUGAACCAACGGGUGUGUGUUCUACUCCUGCUGUUGGCCUGGGUUGGGGGUUUUGUGCAUGCUGUAGUUCAACUUCUCUUUGUUUACAACCUUCCCUUUUGUGGCCCCAAUGUCAUUGACCACUUCAUCUGUGACAUGUACCCCUUACUAAAACUUGCCUGCACUGACACCUAUGCUAUUGGCCUUACAGUGGUUGCCAACGAUGGGGCGAUCUGUGUGGUCAUCUUUGUUCUCUUGCUUAUUUCCUAUGGGGUCAUCCUGCAUUCCUUGAAGAAUCUUAGUCAGGAGGGGAGACGCAAAGCCUUGUCUACCUGUGGCUCACACAUCACUGUGGUGAUCCUCUUCUUUGUUCCUUGUAUUUUUAUGUAUGUGAGACCUCCUUCUACCUUACCCAUCGAUAAAUCCUUGACUGUGUUUUACACUGUUAUCACCCCUAUGUUGAACCCCUUAAUCUACACCCUAAGAAAUGCAGAGAUGAAAAAUGCCAUGAAGAAACUCUGGUGUCAAAUUUUACAUCUAGAAUGGUUAAAAGUCAUUGAUGUCAAUAUUGAAAGAAGUUCAGCUAUGAGUAGAAUGCUAUCAACCAUCAAUGCAUACUAUGGCAAUUUCAUGAAAGGAAGAGUCAUUCAGUAUAAUCUCUCGGAGUCAGAAAGGAAGCCAUCAAGAAAGGAAGCAAUAUUAAAUGCUGGAGAAGAUGUGGAGAAAAACCAACACCUUGGCACUGGUGGUGGAAUUGUAAAUUAG